UUGGGACGUGAGUAGAUCCGCUGUCCACGAAAGUGCGAAAAAAAUGAUUCGCAACACCUUGGGGGGCAAAGGAGACGGACCAGUGGCAUCAGAAAUCCAACCAGUCGAGGUGAAAGCAAAGCUCGAUCUUACUAGUCGACAAGGGGAAAACUUGACUGCUCGUGCGCUAGAUGCGCAUGCAAGCAGGCCCUCACAGAGCCACAGUGCAUUAGCCGUGUCAGAAAUCGCGAGAAAUUCGCCUACCACAACGCAUCGCAUAUCCCUUGACAAGAAAGGGUCAUAUGAAGCAUUGCUUUUGGCGUAUUGCCAUGAACAAGGACUCAAAAGGCCGGUGUUCAAUCAUAAAGAAGCUAGUCCCGGGCAGUUCACCAUGUCUGUGAUUGUCGGCAAGGAAAAGUUUUCGCUGAACACGCUAUUCUCAAACCUGCAUGCCGGCAGAGAAGGCAUCUGUCGCAAA